AUGAGUUCCAUUGUUGCAGUCUUGCAGAUGCUGUUGACUACAAAGGGCACCGUGCUGACAAGUCCAAAACUGGUGAAGUUGAAUUAUGUGAAAGGCUUAAACUAUGGGAAUAGCAAUGAACCUGAUGGAGACUUUGAGGACAGAAAUGCCAUCAAGGCUGUCUCGGAAGCUAAGAGACCAGUUACAAAGGUGGAGGAGUACAACAAGCAUCCACCAUCGGAAGCUUUCAAAUCCGCUGCCUCUCGCACCGUCUUCUUUGUGUUAGCCAUUAUGAAUCUGUGA